AUGCGGCAGACCCGAUUAUCCUGGGAGAAGAGUGAAUCCUUGCUGCAGGUAAAAGAGGGCCUACCAAUGCCUCCGACUUCUCGGAAGCGCGCCGCACCGCGCAAGAGCGCGCCGCCGCCGCCAUUUCCGCAGCUGUACGAUGGCCCACUGCCGACCCCCAAUGUAUUUGCACGGAUGUACUUGUACGAAUGGCUCGUACAUUUUGACGAUCCCAACGCACUGGGCUGGCCACUCCAUUGCUUAGACGCCCUCCAUUGCUGGGAUACAGCGAUUGCCUACGCCUUCCUCCACCGACUCGCGCUCCGGCUCUCGGGUCUCGCUACGCUCGGCAGCGGCCAGCCUGCUGCCCGGACAUCGCGACUCAUUGAUGUUUUGCGUAAGCACAAGCACAACCCCGAAGCAUAUGCGCCGUGGAAAGUCGCGGAAUCGAUGCUGGGCGAUCAUGUUCCACCCCUUUCGCUCUCGGAAGUGGACAUGGACAUCCCUGUACUUUCCUCGCGCACACCCGGCGUAAAGCGCGCUGCAACACCCGAGCUCCCCGUGCCGCGGCGUACACGCAGCGCUGCGCGACUCGAAGCUGCAUUCACCUCCAUCUCCGAGUCUGAGCCCGAGCUGGAAGUGGCUCAGGACGGCACGCGUCGCUCUCGACGCGCCGAGCAGCUUGCGGCAAAAAAGCGGCACGACGAUCUGCGCAUGCAGGCGGAAAAGAUGCUCGGCGCGCGCACAGCGCAGGAAGAAGUGCAAGACGAGCAAGGCUCGAUGCACCUCGAGACGAAAUUUGCGUGUUUGGCGCGCCUUUGCACGCUACUCUGCACAACGCCCGCGCCCAAAGACAGCGUGCCCGGCGCCACGAUUUUGCAUCGCCAAGUUCAGCCGCUACUCGACGCAUUCUCGGACACGGAGCGCGCCGCGCGCGAGUACACGGCAGAAGUAGAAGAGACGUGUGAUGCUGAAAUGCGCGCAUUUCAGCGUCGCGGCCCGUCGAUGAUAUCGCCCAAGUACGCGAGCUGGAAGCAGGAGCGCAGCGUGCUGAGUGUCGAGCAUGCGCAUCGGAUCACAGAAGCGCAAGCACGGCAGUACAUUGCAGAGCGGCUUGGCAGCGCAAGGAGUGGCCCAUUGGGCCGCGAUGCCCGAGGAAAUGUGUACUGGCACCUGUGCCCUUUGGACACGCCGCUGCGCGAGGAGGACGCCGUGGCGCUCGGUUUUUUUUCUGGGCACUGGACGGACGCUUUGCUCGUUUCCAGCGACACGGAUCCCCACGCGCCGCUCCUCGGCACGACCGACCCAAGCCAAUAG